UUAAAAUUGACGUUUUGAAAACAAACUGAAAGAGAAAACUAGAACUGGCAAAAUCUAUUUAUUAACUAGCAAAAUAAGUGGAUUAGUAGAUAUUUUUACCUCAUCCGGUGCAAAACAUGUUCUGCUGCCUCAAGAACUGUUUGAACGGAGUGUUACCGCCACAAACGAUGCAAAUUCGCAGAGAACAUGAUCCAAUACAGCUUGAUACGUCGCAUAUGGGUCAUGAGGUGGUUGUGAUAAAAAAUGGCCAACGAGCUUGCGGUUCUGGUGGUGUAAUAGCAAAUACACCAUUACUUCAAUCCAAGUCCUAUUUCGAGGUCAAACUGCAGCAAGGUGGUCAUUGGUCGGUAGGACUUGCCACACAACAGGCAGACCUCAACCAGUCAAAAGGUGGAUUCGACAAAGAAUCUUGGUGUUUGACUUCGGACAAUGUCGUUUAUCACAACGCGAAACCACUUCACAAGCUGGAGAAAAAAGGCGAAGGAGACGGGGCAAUCAAGACAGUACCAACAGCUUUGGCGAAACUAGAUUCAGUUGUCAAUUUGUCACUUGCGAAUGAGUCUGGUGUCCCGCAGGAAGGCGACACCAUUGGCGUCGCUUACGACCAUGUAGAACUAAAUUUCUAUCUGAACGGUACAAACUUAAACAUUCCGGUGCUCAACGUUCGAGGAACCGUCUUUCCCUGUAUAUUUGUGGACGAAGGAGCAAUUCUGGAUAUAGUGCUGGAUCAAUUUCAAUGCAGUCCUCCUCCAGGAUUUGAACGAAUCCUUAUAGAACAAUCGCUACUAUGAUCUGAAUAUCAAGAAUUGCUCUUGAUUCCUUUCUUAUUUAAAUUAGAAGACGAGGUAAAAACCUAUAUCCGAUUGAAACUAUGGUUUCAACCUCAGUAUGUAGCACUAAGAAGUCGCUUAUCACCUAAAAUUUAAUUAUGUUAGUAGAGUUGAUCACCCAUGACUGUUGAUUUUGAAAAUUGUUAUUCUUAGAUAGCAUGUGAUAAUCUGGCAUAUCGCAUUUUUCCUAGCGAUUGGGCUAAUUAACUGUUGGCUGACAGGACUACCUUAAACUGAAUUUCGCAAACAAAGACUUGAUAUAUUAGCUAUCAAUACCUUCACUCGAAAAGGAUUCGAAGAGAUCUUCCUCGAUUUGAAUGUUGUGCACAAAUCUCGUCCGGAUUGGCACUGAUAGAUCACGGUUAAACAAAAAAUGGAGAUAUCGAGUCUUUAUACAGAGAUUCUGCGUCUUUAUUUCGACGGGACAAACUAAAAAGUACGGCUUUUCAAUUACAUCGAGACCAAAAAUGACAAAAUAUAACGAUUAGUUUGUAUGUAACGUUUUGCUAGUAACAUUUGAAACACAGAACAAUAAGGCAGUUUUACCUAUCUACCUUUCACUUUCCACUUUUACUAUGCCAUAAAACUGCUGGUCUUCUUAACAAUAUUGCAACUAACUACAAAUGGAUAAUGAUUACCAAUGUAUUAACAUGUACUGAUUGUGAAUAAAUAGUAUUUAUAUGAAGCAUGCA